GGUUCUGCAGGUGAACAACUUUGGGUGAUAGCCCUUAUUUUCUCUGCUCUUGAUUAUUAAUAUACACAUUUGUCAAAAGUGGAGUGAUCACAAAACAGACAAGCCAUGUCACGGUUAAAGCCGUUGGAUUCUCUGCUUAUCUCCACUGUGUUGGAGGACUGUGUGGACCAACUUGCCAUCCUUGGCUGUAUUAUGCCAAACACCUAUGAAGGAAGACCAAAUGCAGAGGAGAUAGUUGGUGAUGAUAUCAGUAGAAUAAUUGACAGCCAGAAGCAGCUUGGAAAUAGAUAUGAAACACUGAUAGGAAAGAGAAAAGAGCUGAGGGGUGGUAGUAAAGCCAACAUUGACAAGUUACAGGAAAAUGUCACUGAGAUUGAAGGUGUAGUUGCUGGUAUAAGAAGUACAACACAGAAUUUUACCAAAGGUUUAAAACAGAGUCCUUUAACUGCAGAUAAUUUACAGAAGACACAAGCUGAUAGACUGUUCCUAGAAGAUGUCAUCUAUAAUGCCUUAUGUGAAAUUCAUGAGGAGCAGACAUAUGAUUCCCUUAUUGAAUCUGUUUCAGAAGAGCAAUCCAAGAAAGCACGUCUACAGAAUAUGAUACUCAAAGAAGAAGCUGGCAGAAAGAGAAUUAAACAACUACAUCGACAACUUGUAGAUGUUAAAAGAGAGCAAGAAACUGAAAUACAGCAACGUAGUGAAAUGAUUGCUCAUUUAAAAGAUCAGUUGCAAGAAAUGAAAGCUAAGAGUAAUAUGGAAGGCAAAUAUGUGAAGAAAGGUGCUGAAGUAACUGUCAAUCAAACUCAAAAGAAGUGUUCCUUGACAGAAAAAGACAUGAAACAGGAAAUUGAUAGAGUUCACCGCCAAAUUGAGGAAGAGGAAAGAGUAAACCAAGAAAUUGAACAAUAUCUGAAAACACAUCAUGUGGAUUUAGAAGAGAAGUUAGAAUAUUGGAUGGAGAAAUAUGAUACAGAUGUAGAAACUAAACAACAUGAAUUGGAUGUGUUGAAGGCAUCCAAAGCUAAUGACUUAGCUAGACUACAGGAACUAACCAAAACAUAUGCAGAAUAUGAGCAAGUUGUUGUAGAAGAUAGAAUAGAGAAGGAGAAAGCAAGACGUCUAGCUGAACAGGAAGCUGAGGAACUCAAAGCAACUGUUAAGGUGCAGUCUUGGUGGAGAGGUAUCAUGGUUCGCAAACAGCUUGGGCCAUACAGUAAGAAGAAAAAGAAGAAGGGUAAAAAAGGAAAGAAAUCUGGGAAGAAGGGAAAGAAGAAGAAGAAGUGAACUAUCAAGCAAUUGUUGUUCUUUUUAAAUAAAAUGGUUGUUCAAUCUUAUUGUGUUAAAUAAAUAUUGUGUUUUUAU